UUGCACGACGGGAAGCAAAAUAGAAGGAGAAAGGACAGAAUAACGCGAACUCGUCUUGUUUUGGGGAACUUUAAGCUUUCCAUUCACGCUGUGGUUAACAAUAAUGCAUAAGCUGGCCGUGUUUGGCAGUGCUGUAAGAGUGUUCGUGACAGGGUCAAGCGUGCUCCACGCGCAGAGUUUCCUGCUGUCCUCUUGUUUGAGACAUGAAAGUGUGUCCAGAACACCGAUCAGAAAACACAGUCAAGAUCAGCCCAAACACACUGCAGGACACUUGACUUGUUACAGCCUACCGCACAGGACUCUCAUCAAUAUAUCUGGACAUGACACGAACUCUUUUCUUCAAGGAAUUAUCACGAAUGACAUGGCUCUUCUGGGAGAGGAUGAACUUAAAGCCAUGUAUGCGCAUAUGCUAAAUGUUCAAGGCAGGACACUGUAUGACAUUAUCAUUUACAGUUUGAAAGACAACCCAAGUGGACUUAAUGGUGUGCUUCUGGAGUGUGACAGCACUGUACAGAACUCCAUUAUACGACAUCUGAAAGUGUACAAGAUACGUCGCAAAGUGAACAUCAGCCACUGUCCAAGUCUUUCGCUUUGGGCUUUGUUUCCUCAAAAUAAAGAUGAAGUGCUGGGAAACUCAAAGCCAGAUGUUACUGCAGCAGACAAAGUAUUGUUGUUGGAACAAGACCCAAGAACUGAACUCAUGGGCUGGAGAAUGAUAACUAAUAGUGAGGUUAAUCCAAUGGAGAUCAUCUCAGCCUGUCAACAGGGCAACACUGAAGAAUACCACAGACACCGCUAUGAAAUUGGACUUCCUGAGGGAGUCAAAGACCUCCCAUCCGGUGAGGCCCUUCCGUUGGAGUCUAACCUGGUCUUCAUGCAGGGAAUCAGCUUCAGCAAGGGCUGCUACAUCGGACAGGAGCUAACUGCCAGAACUCACCACACUGGUGUAAUACGGAAGCGCCUAAUGCCUGUGACCAUAUCUGCCCCUGCUGAGAACAUGGACCAAGGGGCUGCUCUUGAGACUGAGGGGGGCAAACCAGCAGGAAAGCACAGGGCAGGAAUUGGCAAGCUGGGCUUGAGCCUUGUACGCUUGGCUCAUGCCAAAGAGCCCCUCAAAAUGAAAUCCUCUGACGACAUGACAGUGAAUCUACAGGCUAGUGUGCCUGACUGGUGGCCAAAAAACAUGAAAGAUUAAUGAAGGGUUAAUCAGGAAGUCACCAGAAAUGUCUGUUUUGUUCAGAUAGGCACUCCUAUUAUAUGUUUUUAAUAGCCCAUAAGUCUGCUGUAAUUGCACUGAAAAACAUAUUUAUUUAGAUUUUGACUGAAUCACUACAGCCUUUGUUCAGACAUGUUGGUUGAAAAUAAAAUUUCUGAAUCACAUUUAACUGUCAUUCAUCUUCUUAGUUGUAAUAUCCAGGUGCACAUGUUAAAUUCCUCUUCCGGAAGAGUUAUUUUCAUUACGACGUGAAAUAAUUAAUGCUUCUCAACAACUUCUCUGGUGAUGUAAUGUGGAAUAAUGAAGGCCUCUUUUAAACUUCUUUUGUUGGGUAGCUGCAGCUGCUCCCUGUUCUAAAGAUGUUCUAAAGGAAUGUGUUUCUUGUCUCUACUCUCACGUUUCACACGUUGCUCAAACAUGUAUGUCACCCCAUAUAAGGUAAAGAACUAUUUCAUUGGUGAGGGUCCAGUGGAAUGUGGUUUUUCUGGACCAUAUAACAGAAUGCUGAACAAUAAACUUUGAAGAAGGA